AUGGACAGACAGCUGACCCACGUCCCCACACAGCUGACCCCUCAAGACAUCCACGCCUCCACACAGCUGACCCCUCAAGACAUCCACGCCUCCACACAGCUGACCCCUCAAGACAUCCACGCCUCCACACAGCCGACCCCUCAAGACAUCCACGCCACAGCAGUCCUGCACAGCUUUCAGCAGCCUUCUCCGUCACCACCACCACCACCACCAUCACCGCAGCCUUCAUCAGUGCCCGUCAAGUCAUCGCCAUACACUACACACUGCCAGCCCACGGCCCACAGCACGGUCGGGGACAGAGCCUUCACCACAGCCGGCAUCACCCCUGCACCACUGCCAGCCCCCCCCACAGCCCCCAGCGGUGCCAUACGCACUGCAGCCUUCUCCAGCCCCACAGUGGUGCCAGCAGUCCUGCAGCCCCUGCCAACGCUGGACUCACCACAGCUAACAGUCACUGCCACAGCAAACCUCAGCCUCACACUGCCACACUCGGCCCCGCCUCAGGCCGACACCAGCACGCCAGGCUAA